CGGGUGUGGGUCACUCCCUCCCCGCUUACCAGCUUACACACACACAGCUCUGGGCGGCCCUAAACCAACACCGAUCGCAUCUGCGACUUCACCCAAACCGACUUUAGCUUUCGUAAAAGUGUUUUAUUGACGGUUGCUUCGAAGAACCGCCGUGUUUACCUCCCGAAUACGAAACGCUGCGGAAGGAAAUGUCCAGCUGAAUAUUGGAAAAGCCUCCAAACCAAGCGCCGGGGCCUGCUUUUUUGUAAUGAUUAAUAAAUGCUUCGACUAUGGCACUGAAGGCACAGGUUUUAUACGACUUCACUGCGGAGCCUGGAAACAAUGAGCUGACAGUGAAGGAAGGCGAGACCGUCACUGUCACCAAUCAGCACAUCGGCGGCGGAUGGAUUGAAGCGCAGAACUCCAGAGGGGUUGUUGGACUAGUGCCCGAAGACUACAUAGAGCUCAACAAGUCUCUCCCUCCAUCAUUCCCCACGGCUGCACCCACGGCACCGCCCGCCAACGUCGGAAACAUCGCAAAUUCGGAUCUGUCCUUCUUCGACUCCUUCGCUCCUGCAGCGACGCACCAAAAUCAGGCUAACAGCAAUGGCAACGAUCCCUGGUCAACGUGGAACGCGGACCCCUCGGCAGGUACAUCCAACAACUGGCCGUCCAAUCCGGAGGGCACCCAGACCGGCAAGGCGCAGGGGGACGCCUGGGGCGGCGCCUCACACGGCCACCCUCAGGCCUAUCAAGGUCCAGGAGCGGAGGAUGACGAAUGGGAUGACGAGUGGGACGACAAGUCCACCGGCGGUUACGGCGAGGCCGAAGCCGGGGAUGGCAGUGCCAUGCAGAGAGGCGGCGCUCACGCGUCGAUGAAAAUCAAGUUUCCUGGGUUCUCCAAGUCUGGUCCUGAGUUGUACCUCCUAUGCAAGCAGAUUGCAAAGGGCAAGGACAAGCUACCAAUCUAUAUGGGGGAGGUUGGUCCGGUGUGGCUUUACCCUGAAUCGCAGCUGGACUGUGUGGUCGCCGAUCCCAAGAAAGGCUCGAAAAUGUACGGCCUGAAGAGCUACAUCGAGUACCAAAUCACACCAAACACCACAAACCGACCGGUGAAUCACCGAUACAAGCACUUUGAUUGGCUGUACGAGAGGCUGCUGGACAAAUUCGGCUCAGCCAUUCCAAUCCCGUCUUUACCGGACAAGCAGGUAACAGGUCGUUUUGAAGAAGAGUUUAUCAAAAUGCGAAUGGAGCGGUUGCAGGGCUGGAUGAGCAGGAUGUGCCGACACCCGGUUGUCGCCAACAGCGAAGUAUUUCAGCUGUUCCUCACGUACAAAGACGAGAAGGACUGGAAAAUGGGAAAGAGAAAAGCGGAAAAAGACGAAACGGUGGGAGUGAUGAUCUUCACCACGAUAGAACCUGAAGCUCCAGAUUUGGAUCCGAUUGAAGUGGAGCAGAAAUGCGAGCAGUUCAGUCGGUUUACCAAAGCAAUGGACGACGGAGUGAAAGAAAUCCUCACGGUCGGCCACGAGCACUGGAAACGAUGCACGGGCCCGUUACCAAAAGAAUACCAGCGAAUCGGUAAAGCCUUCCAGAACCUCUCAUCAGUGUUUACCAGCAGUGGAUACCAAGGUGAGGCAACACUGACCGAUGCCAUGACGGCCGCAGGGAAGACCUACGAGGAGAUAGCUCAGUUGGUGGCAGAACAGCCCAAAAAGGACCUGCACUUCCUCAUGGAGACCAACAACGAGUACAAAGGUUUACUCGGAUGUUUCCCAGACACGAUUGGUGUCCAUAAGGCCGCCAUCGAUAAAGUGAAGGAAGGCGACAAGUUGGUGGCCACCAGUAAAAUCACCCCUCAGGAAAAGGUCACCAUGGCCAAACGAGUCAGCACCAUGUCUUACUCGUUACAAGCGGAGAUGAACCACUUCCAUAGCAACCGUAUCUACGACUACAACAGGGUCAUGCAGCUCUACCUGGAAGAGCAAGUCAAGUUUUACGAGACGAUUGCGGCAAAGCUGAGACAAGCUCACAGUCAGUUCACCACAAUGUAAAGACAACGUCGGAUGAUGGCACGCAAUUCUUGUUCCUCUUUUUUUUUUUUUUAACAUCUGCGGGCUGGUGACGGGAACUAAACACGCAAAACCGCAGUUUACGUAACUGAUCAAUUUAAGAAGUCACUUUCAGCUCGCGGAUAGUCAGAAUUCAGUCACGGUAGCAAACAAAUCUGUGCCUUCCCUUAUGAAUGUGUGUACUGUACAGGAAUUGUGCGUGUAUCCGCCUUACUUCCUGUUCAGAUGACAGGAAGCUCCACCCUUCCUGUCCUCUACCCACGUGCCUUGCUCAGUUUAAAAAAAAGAGCUUCAAUCCAAUUCCAUUUCUGCAUUUGAUGACGUUUACAUUUCAAGACUUUUACUCAUUGGCUUCCAUUGACGUCUAUACCCGUCAAUGGCAGCCAAUGAGCUUAAAAACAAAUGAAUUCCCACUGCCUUUGAUGUGAUUCUGCUGUUUUUAUAUGAAGGCGCACCAGCUUUAGAACACAUAAUUUUUUGCUUUUCGCUUGCAAUCAAUCAAAAUUUUUUUGUUCGUUUCACCUUGUUUUACUAUCUUGUGAUACACAAUUAUAGUAUAUGUAUAAAUCCAUAUUUAAUAAGCACGCUGACCGGCGUCGGGUGCAUGUGUACAAUGUAAGUAAGGCCGUUAAGACAGAUUUUCGACUAUGUUGAAGGUGGCUCUUAUUUGUACAUGUGUGCCUAACGAAGUGGCUGGUGAGUGUACAGUACAUAUAAAUAAAUAUUACACUAUUCUAUUAGAUGUUUGGGUUUUUUUCGGAUUACAAAUAGAAGGCUCGGUGGUUUUUAUACGCGAAGAAUCCUCAUUUUGUUCUCGGCGUUCACGCACAGUGAGGUCCUUAUCCGCGGCAAGUAGAUUGUUGCCUCCCGCGAAUGAGAAUGAGCGAGCAAAGGGUCAAAGAGGGGGUUUGUGCAGUCGUUUUAUAAGUCAGGAUGAGGGCUGAAAGAAGCCUUUUAGCCCUGCGGGAGGCUCCCGCUGCCAUCAGGUGCAGCUGGAAAGAAAUAUACAUACGGUAACUACGCAGAGGUGGGUAGAGUAGCCAAAAAUGUUACUCAAGUAAGAGUUGCCUUACUGCUAAAUAAUAUUACAUAACUAAAAGCAGUCCAUAGACUUCAUAAUAUAAUGAUGUGACACAUUCAUGAUUCACUGCAUCACACCUUCCCGAAAUGCGCCGUCCCACCCUCCUUCAUUUAUAGACCUUACUCCCCAACGUCACAGAAUGACGUGUCGCUGUAUCCGGCCGCCAUAUUGUCCGUCUCUGUUUAGCCCUAUUCUCAAUGGUUUCAAUUAGUCGUUCAGUUUAUAGAGCAAUUCAUGGAAGCCCCGGUGCUUUCAGACGCUGUAAACUCAUUGGAUGCGUUGCAUAAAAGGCGUUAUGUGGAAAAGCUUCAGUCUAUCCAUUCGCCAGAUCCAUAUUUGAUGCCUAAAUCGAUAUUUUUCGACCCGCUGUCUUCGCCCCCUCUGCCUGACAUCUGCUACUCUGAUAUCUACAACUAUCUUGUCCACACAAAAUCAGCCUAUUCUCACGAAAGUUUGAAAAACUUUAAGAGCAGCACUUUAAGCAACAUUACCCGGUGUGAUUUCUAAAAUGGCGACAAUAAA